AUGGAAGAAGAUCAUCGCGGCGGUAAAACGGAGGAGGUGAAAUUCCGGGGAGUGAGGAAGCGGCCGUGGGGGAAGUACGGGGCGGAGAUACGCGACUCCAACCGGAACGGCGCGCGCGUGUGGCUGGGGACGUUUGCCACGGCGGAGGAGGCGGCCAGGGCUUAUGACAGGGCGGCGUACGCAAUGAGGGGGAAGUUUGCGGUCCUCAACUUUCCCGGCGAGUAUCCGCCUUCGUCGUCGCUGCAGCUGCGUGCUGCUGAGACUUCGCCGUCGCCGUCGACGUCUUCCGCCGCCGUGGUGGAGAAUGCGGACAAGCAAACCACGAAAGAAGUGAUCGAGAUCGAAUGUCUGGACGACAAGUUGUUAGAGGAUCUGCUCGCCGAUUGUCAGUAG